UCUACUUCCGGCUUCCGCUUUGCUCGUUUAGACGCCGUUACAUCGUCUCUGUGCGGACUUUCCCUCGCGUGGCAUGACGCGGCGGAGAGCGGCUGUGGAGGCCACCAUGAGACGCAGUCUGAGAGAGCGCCCCGCAGCUGCGGCCCGCACGAGGAGGAGAGAGAGGCGGGGUCGUGCCGCGGCUCCGAAAGAGUCCUCCCGGGAGACGCCCGGUGAGUGGAGUGACCCCUGUGACGAAGCUUUACUAGACGAGCUGCUGUCCGUGCCGGAUGCCGCGACGUGGUGGAAGGAGGACGAGCGCCCCGAGGACCCUUCCCUCGCCGACCUCUUGCAGCAACUAGUCGCGGCUGACGAGCACAUCGGCGCUCAGCACGGCGCACUGUCAGAGCUGAGGCCUAACUGCCUGGAAGAAGCCUCGCCCUCCCUCACAAGCCUAGGCGCGACCGACGCGCUGCACCAGAUGGCCACGAGGGGGCGCGGCGCCGGGAAUAAGAACGCAGUGGCGGCCCGCCUAAACCGCAUGCGCAAGAAAGAAUACGUCAGCGGCCUGGAGUGUAAGGUGGCCCGGCUCUCCGACGAGAACGCCCGGCUGGAGCACGAGCGCAGGGCCCUGGGGGUGCGCGUGCGCGAGCUGGAGUCGGAGGCGCGCUACCUCAGAGCCGUGCUGGCCAAUGACAGCGCCCUGUCGCAGCUCCUGAGCCGGCUGACGGGACUGGGCGGAGUCAAGCUGUCGACGUCACUUUUCCGCGACCAUCCUAAGAAGCCUGAUGACCACGACUAUGCGCUGCCCGGACUUGUCUGUGCCGGUGACCUGGCGGAAGAAGACUCUGCGGCAGCGCCCUCUGGCGGAGUGUGCCUGCAUGUGGACAAGGAGAAGGUGUCGGUGGAGUUCUGCCCGGCCUGUGCCAGGAGCGCAGCCUCUUCUGCCAAAAUUUUCUCUUUUAGGUGAACUGUCGGCUUGCUCCAUUGCAGGAGUUAAAGAGCAGUCCCUUACGUCUCGCAACCUGUGGAUUCAGCUGUAUGGGGCGGAAGAUUCGGGACCUGCUGCUGAACACACAUGUCCUGCUUUGUAUUAAAAGGUAGUAUGGUAUUGGUAUGGUACAGGAGGAGACCAGAGGUAAUCCCAGGGCUUUCUUUUCCAUUUUGUUUUUCUAUCCCUGUUUGCAAUGUGUCUAUAAUGUGGGGGACGGCAGACGUUCUGGGGACUUGGAUAUAAAAGCAGAUGCCUGGCUGCUGUACCCCAUUAUAGUGACUGUAUAGUAGUGGCAGCCACAAGAUUCUGACCUAAUAUACAGUCCUGUAUCAUAAAGGCAUCCUGUAAAGUAUCCUGGUAACAUGGGCGCCCAUGAGGGACAGAUCAUCCGUUUUGAGUCCUUUUAACACAGGCAUGCUCAACCUGUGGCCCUCCAGCUGUUGUAAAACUACAACUCCCACAAUGCCCUGCUGUAGGCUGAUGGCUUUAGGCUGUUCGGGCAUGCUGGGAGUUGUAGUUUUGCAACAGCUGGAGGGCCGCAUGUUGAGCAUGCCUGUUUUAACAGAUGUGCUGGGACGUAAACGAAGCAGUUUUAAUGGGGUUGGUCCGUCUCCUACAUUAGGGGAAUAUUGCUAGGAUAUUCUCCCAGUGUCUGAUAGGUGCCUAUCUCUAGAACAGGACCUGCACAAUGAAGGAGAGUGGAGCGCGCAUGCUCAGCCGCCCUCCAUUUCUAUUGGAGUGUCGAAACUUGCUGGGCGCUGUCUUGGCUUUUUCAGUCAGCCCCCAUAAAAGUGAAUGGGCCGGUGGUUGCAUUUGUGCGGUGCACUUCCUAUUCAUUUCUGUGGGACUUACAAAAAAAUUGCUGAGCGCGUUGCAGGGCUUUUUUUGGCAGUCCCGUAGAAGUGAAUGGAGGGCGGCCAUGCAGGAACUUCUUUACUUUGCGGAUUCUGUUCUAUAGAUGCCCCCAAUGUAUGAUAUGGGCCAACUAGUGUUGAGCGAACUUGUGUUUUAAGUUCGGCGUCUAAAGUUCGGGUUAUUGAAGAAUCGCGUUAUGGAUUCUAAAUUCCGUUAUGGUCCGUGGUAGCGGAAGCCAUAACGCGAUUCUUCGAUAACCUGAACUUUAGACGCCGAACUUAAAACACAAGUUCACUCAACACUAGGGCCAACCCCUUUAAGACGCGCUUUAAAAAAGACCUCAACAUUGAGAUCUGGCAAAUGGGAAGAUGACCCUUUUUUGAUAUUUAACAGCUUUGGUCAUUCAGAACGUAUCCAGUGGAUGUAUGGGAAGUGCAGAUCUCGGUAUUCAUUACCAGGUUUUACUGGACUGAGCUAACUCCACCAUAUCGUCCUAGGGUGCAGCCUAUGAUGGGGUGUAGUACCUGGCCAUCUGCUUCCAAAUAUGAGCCCCACACGUGAAUCAGAGGUGAGGGUAAACCUGCAGAGGAUGACGUUUCCCGUUCUGUACAAUUACUUGUUCACGUGUUGUAUACACUUUACUUGAAUUCUGUCUCAGUUUUGGGAACAAGGCAGCACUGGAAGAAAUGCAGGCGCUUACACGUAUGUUUCAAUUGUCAUUGUAUUACUAUGUACCAUGGAUGUGACUUAUGUUGGUUAGUGUAAGAGAAAGAUGGAAUAAAGCAGUUGCUGCACAUUG